AUGUCGACUUCAGUUCCCACGCCAGAGCAGACGCCCACUGCGAAGUCGCAGCGGGUGCUUUCGUGCGUUCUGUGCCAACAGCGCAAAAUUAAGUGCAAUCGCAGAUUCCCAUGUGUCAACUGCACCCGGGCCGGCGUACAGUGCGUGCCAGCAACCACGAGCCAACGGCGUCGCAGGUUUCCCGAACGAGAGUUGCUAGAACGGCUGAGGUGUUACGAGAGUCUGCUUCGUCAGAAUAACAUACCGUUCGAGCCUAUGCAUACGCCUGCUGCAGAUCAUGCGUGUCCCGGUGAGGAAGGCAGAGGGUCUGGCUCUCUGCAGGAGGCGCAUUCAGAAAGACCGGUUUCGGGGAAAGAUCGUCCGUCGAGGGAGAGGACGACGGUCAGGUCUAAACCUAUGAAUCUCUGGCGCGCCAUGAAUCAAAAGGGACUAGAUACCGACGGCGAUGAUGACAAUGGUUAUGGAGACGACGAGGAUAAUGAUAGCGGUUUCCUUCACGAUAACGAGGAUGUGCGUGAGUCCGUGAUCAAGAAGGCGUGGGACAACAAGUACGAAGCAGAGAGCAACGACCAUCUUCUAUUUGGCUCACCGAAAACAAACGUUGAUCUCUCGACUAUGCAUCCACCACAGGUUCAGAUAUUCAAGCUCUGGCAGAUUUACCUGGAAAACGUCAACCCGCUUCUCAAAGUUACGCACACCCCAACCCUGCAAGGACGCAUCAUCGAUGCCGCCGGCAAGGUGGCAAACAUUAGUCCUGCAUUGGAAGCACUUAUGUUCAGUAUAUAUUGCACCUCUAUUCUCAGUCUCGCCGAUGACGAAUGUCGUACAUUGUUUGGAUCACCAAGGAAAGAACUUCUCAAAGGCUAUCAGUUCGCAUGUCAACAAGCCCUACUUAACUGCAGGUUUUUGAGUUCCAGUGAUCGUGACUGUUUGACGGCAUUCUUUCUCUACCUAGUUUCGGUCAGACCUGACACAGAUCCCUGGUCUCUAUCUUCACUGCUUGGCAUGGCCAUACGCAUCGCACAACGCAUGGGAAUCCACAACGAGUCGACUUAUACCAGACACAUCGCUCUUGAGGGUGAGAUGCGUCGAAGGCUUUGGUGGUCACUGGCCAUGUUUGACAAUCGGAUUUGUGAAAUGUCGUCCGAUCCCAAAGCAACAGUGUUGACUCCCCUCUGGGACUGCAAGACUCCUCUCAACGUGAAUGAUUUUGAUAUCCAGCCAGAGAUGAAGGCGCCGCCAGCACCUCAUGACAGACCCACAGAGACGCUAUUCGCUGUUUUACGUAGCGAGUUGGGUGAGUUCACUCGCCACAGUGCCUUCCAUCUCGAUUUUACCAACCCGUGUUUGAAGGCUCUCUCGAACAGCAGCGAGCUCGUGGCUGUAGAAGAUACCUUGGAGGACAAAUAUCUCAAGUUUUGCAAUCCAGAGAACCCGCUUCACUUUAUGGCAAUUUGGACAACGCGAAUCUAUCUUGCGAAGAGCCGCCUCCUGGAACACUAUUCGAGAUACUCAUCCGUGCAACAGACAGACUCGCAGCGCAAUGCGGCCAUUUCUUACGCUCUAAAAAUCCUCGAGUGUCACACAAAUCUCAUGAUUUCGCCUCUUAUUAAAGGAUACCUUUGGUUCCUCCACGCUCACUUCCCAUUUCCCGCGUACAUUCAUAUUCUUCAAGAUCUCAGGAGGCGGCCUACUGAGAAUCACGCUGAAAAAGCGUGGGAGAUCAUGAGCAACAACUACAUGUCUCAUUUCGUCCAUGUAAAACACGAUGAUACGCAUUUUUUUGUUGUCUUCUCUCGAAUUGUCCUACAGGCCUGGGAGGCGCGUGCGUCGCUACAUAGACAGCAAAACAAGCCGCUGGAGCCGCCAGCGAUUGUGUCUGAAAUUAAAAACAGAAUGAUGCAUAUGGUGUCAGGUUCUUCGGGAAAUACUGUUGCCGGUGUCAAUGUUGAUGAGUUCCAAAUGCCCAUGCCGAUCGACUUUGGUCAUGGCCUAUCGUAUGGCACUGAAGGGCAAGGCUCCGCGGGUUCGGGACUCGGAGGCUUCUUCGACAUACCCAGGCAGGCCACUAUGGACAUCGACAUAGGUCAGUUUGAUUGGGCCACGAUAGACUGGAGCUCGAUGCAUGGUUGA